CCCCAGCCCCCCGGCCGCGGGGCGGACAUGGCCGCACACAAGCCGGUGGAAUGGGUCCAGGCCGUGGUGAACCGCUUCGAUGAGCAGCUUCCAAUUAAAGCUGGACAGCAGACUACACACACCAAAGUCAGCACUGAACACAACAAGGAGUGUCUUAUCAACAUUUCCAAAUACAAGUUUUCUCUGGUUAUAAGUGGCCUCACCAAUAUUUUAAAAAAUGUUAACAAUAUGAGAAUAUUUGGAGAAGCUGCUGAAAAGAAUUUAUAUCUCUCUCAGUUAAUUAUUUUGGAUACACUGGAAAAAUGCCUUGCUGGGGUAAGUGAUUUGCAGCCAAAGGACACAAUGAGGUUAGAUGAAACAAUGUUGGUCAAGCAGUUGCUGCCAGAAAUUUGCCAUUUCAUUCACACCUAUCGGGAAGGGAACCAGCAUGCGGCUGAACUUCGGAGCUCCGCCUCCGGGGUCCUCUUCUCCCUCAGCUGUAAUCACUUCAACGCGGUCUUCAGUCGUAUUUCUACCAGGUUACAGGAAUUGACCGUUUGUUCAGAAGAUAAUGUCGAUGUCCAUGAUAUAGAAUUGUUACAGUACAUCAACGUGGAUUGUGCAAAAUUAAAGCGGCUACUGCAGGAAACUGUAUUUAAAUUUAAAGCCUUAAAGAAGGUAGCUCAGCUAGCAGUUAUAAAUAGCCUAGAAAAGGCAUUUUGGAAUUGGGUAGAGAACUAUCCUGAUGAAUUUACAAAGCUGUACCAGACUCCCCAGACAGAUAUGGCUGAAUGUGCAGAAAAAUUAUUUGACUUGGUGGAUGGUUUUGCUGAAAGCACCAAACGUAAAGCUGCAGUUUGGCCACUGCAAAUCAUUCUUCUUGUCUUAUGUCCAGAAAUAAUCCAGGACAUUUCCAAGGAUGUCGUCGAUGAAGCGAAAAUGAAUAAGAAAAUGUUUCUCGACAAUCUCAGAAGAGCACUGGCCGGGCAUGGCGGGAGCAGGCAGCUGACAGAGAGCGCCGCGAUCGCUUGUGUCAAACUGUGCAAAGCCAGUACCUACAUCAACUGGGAGGAUAACUCAGUCAUUUUCUUGCUCGUCCAGUCAAUGGUAGUGGACCUGAAGAACUUGCUUUUUAAUCCCAGUAAGCCCUUCUCCAGAGGCAGCCAGAACGCCGACGUGGACCUCAUGAUCGACUGCCUGGUUUCUUGCUUUCGAAUAAGCCCUCACAACAACCAACACUUUAAGAUCUGUUUGGCCCAGAACUCCCCAUCCACAUUUCAUUAUGUGCUGGUAAACUCCCUCCAUCGAAUUAUCACCAAUUCUGCCCUGGAUUGGUGGCCCAAGAUCGAUGCUGUGUAUUGUCAUUCUGUUGAACUCCGAAACAUGUUUGGUGAAACCCUUCACAAGGCGGUGCAGGGCUGUGGGGCUCACGCUGCAAUCCGAAUGGCGCCGAGUCUUACAUUUAAAGAAAAAAUGACAAGCCUUAAAUUUAAAGAAAAACCUACGGACUUGGAAACAAGAAGUUAUAAAUACCUCCUAUUAUCCAUGGUGAAACUAAUCCAUGCGGAUCCAAAGCUGUUGCUCUGUAAUCCAAGAAAACAAGGGCCUGAAACUCAGGGGAGUACGGCAGAGUUAAUCACAGGCCUGGUGCAGCUUGUCCCCCAGUCCAGCAUGCCGGAAAUAGCCCAAGAAGCAAUGGAGGCUUUGCUGGUUCUUCAUCAGUUGGAUAGCAUUGACUUAUGGAAUCCAGAUUCACCUAUAGAAACAUUCUGGGAGAUUAGCUCACAAAUGCUUUUUUAUAUCUGUAAAAAGCUAACUACCCAUCAGAUGCUUAGCAGUACAGAAAUUCUCAAAUGGUUGCGAGAAAUUUUGAUCUGUAGGAACAAAUAUCUUCUUAAAAAUAAGCAGUCAGAUAGGAGUUCUUCCCAUUUUCUCUACCUUUAUGGGGUAGGGUAUGAUGUCUCUUCUGGUGGAGGUACCAGUCAUAUCUCUCUAGACCAUGAAGAGUUUAUACGCACCUGUGCUCAAGGACCACCUCUCAGGAAAGUCAAAGGAAACUCCUCGAUGGAUGGUGCAAUAGGGUCCAGCGGGACACCAAUCUGCCGCCAGGCCCAGACUAAGCUCGAGGUUGCUCUGUACAUGUUUCUGUGGAGCCCCGACAUCGAAGCUGUGCUUGUGGCCAUGUCCUGCUUUCGACACCUCUGUGAGGAAGCCGAUAUCAGGUGUGGCAUAGAUGAGAUUUCGGUGCACCAUUUCUUGCCUAACUAUAAUACCUUCAUGGAGUUUGCAUCUGUCAGCAACAUGAUGUCAACAGGAAGGGCAGCUCUUCAGAAGAGAGUGAUGGCGUUGCUGCGGCGCAUUGAACAUCCAACCGCUGGCAACACCGAGGCUUGGGAAGAUACUUACGCGAAAUGGGAGCAAGCUACAAAAUUAAUCCUCAAUUAUCCGAAAGCCAAAAUUGAAGAUGGCCAGGUCGCUGAAAGCCUUCAUAAGACCAUCGUGAAGAGGAGAAUGUCUCAUGUGAGUGGAGGGGGCUCCAUUGACCUCUGUGACGCAGACUCGCUCCAGGAGUGGAUCAACAUGACCGGGUUUCUCUGUGCCCUCGGCGGGGUGUGCCUCCAGCACCGAAGCAACGCGGGCUUUGCCACCUACAGCCCCCCGAUGGGCCCGAUCAGUGAGCGCAAGGGCUCUCUCAUUUCCAUGAUGUCCACUGAUGGAAACGCCGAGACGCCUGUCAGCAAGUUCAUGGAUCGGCUGCUCUCUCUGAUGGUGUGUAACCACGAAAAAGUGGGACUGCAGAUACGGAGCAAUGUCAAGGAUCUGUUGGGUCUCGAAUUGAGUCCUGCCCUUUAUCCAAUGCUGUUUAACAAAUUAAAGAGUACCAUCAGCAAGUUUUUUGAUCCUCAAGGACAGGUUUUAUUGACGGACACCAACACCCAAUUUGUGGAGCAGACCAUAGCCAUAAUGAAGAACUUGCUGGAUAAUCACGCUGAAGGCAGUUCUGAGCACAUGGGACAAGCUAGCAUUGAAACGAUGAUGUUGAAUCUGGUUAGAUAUGUUAGAGUGUUUGGGAAUUUGGUACAGGCAAUUCAGAUCAAAACGAAGCUCUGCCAGCUGGUUCAAGUAAUGAUGGAGAGGAGAGAUGACCUUUCAUUUUGCCAGGAGAUGAAAUUUAGGAAUAAAAUGGUAGAAUAUCUGACAGAUUGGGUCAUGGGAACAUCUAACCAAACAGCGGAUGAAGAUGUGAAAUGUCUAACUAGAGAUUUGGACCAGGCAAGCAUGGAAGCAGUGGUGUCUUUGCUCGCUGGGCUCCCUUUACAGCCUGAAGAAGGAGAUGGGGUGGAAUUGAUGGAAGCCAAAUCACAACUGUUUCUUAAGUAUUUCACACUGUUUAUGAACCUUCUCAAUGACUGCAGUGAGGUUGAAGAGGAGAGUGCCCAGAUCGGGGGCAGGAAGCGAGGCAUGUCUCGAAGGCUGGCGUCGCUGAGGCACUGCACCGUGCUGGCGAUGUCCAACUUGCUCAAUGCUAACGUUGACAGCGGCCUCAUGCACUCCAUAGGAUUGGGUUAUCACAAAGAUCUUCAGACAAGAGCCACGUUCAUGGAAGUCCUCACAAAAAUUCUUCAGCAAGGCACAGAAUUUGACACGCUUGCAGAAACCGUGUUAGCCGAUCGAUUUGAGAGACUGGUUGAGUUGGUCACAAUGAUGGGUGAUCAAGGAGAGCUCCCCAUAGCCAUGGCUCUGGCCAAUGUGGUGCCUUGUUCUCAGUGGGAUGAACUUGCUCGAGUCCUUGUUACUCUCUUUGAUUCCCGACACUUACUCUACCAGCUGCUUUGGAACAUGUUUUCUAAGGAAGUUGAGCUGGCAGACUCCAUGCAGACGCUUUUUAGAGGGAACAGCUUGGCCAGUAAAAUCAUGACCUUCUGUUUUAAGGUCUAUGGUGCUACCUACCUGCAAAAGCUUCUGGAGCCUUUACUGCGCUUUGUUAUCACAUCCUCUGAGUGGCAGCAUGUCAGCUUUGAGGUUGAUCCCACCAGGCUGGAGCACAGCGAGAGCCUUGAGGACAACCAGCGGAACCUCCUGCAGAUGACCGAGAAGUUCUUCCACGCCAUUGUAGGCUCCUCCUCGGAAUUCCCCCCGCAACUCCGCAGCGUGUGCCACUGCCUGUACCAGGCAACUUGCCACUCUCUACUGAAUAAAGCUACCGUAAAAGAAAAAAAGGAAAACAAAAAAUCAGUUGUUAGCCAGAGAUUCCCUCAGAACAGCAUUGGCGCCGUGGGGAGUGCCAUGUUCCUGAGAUUCAUCAACCCUGCCGUUGUCUCUCCCUACGAGGCAGGGAUUUUAGAGAGAAAACCGCUCCCUAGAAUUGAAAGGGGACUGAAGCUGAUGUCAAAGAUACUCCAGAGCAUUGCCAAUCACGUCCUCUUCACAAAAGAAGAGUAUAUGAGGCCUUUUAACGAUUUUGUGAAAAGCAACUUUGACGUAGCACGGAGAUUUUUCCUUGAUAUUGCAUCUGAUUGCCCUGUAAGUGAUGCCAUAAACCACAGCCUUUCCUUCAUCAGUGAUGGCAAUGUCCUGGCUUUGCACCGUCUGCUCUGGAACAACCAAGAGAAAAUUGGCCAGUAUCUUUCAAGCAACAGAGAUCACAAAGCUGUUGGAAGGCGACCUUUCGAUAAGAUGGCAACACUCCUCGCUUACCUGGGCCCUCCUGAGCACAAGCCUGUGGCCGACACACACUGGUCCAGCCUGAAUCUUACCAGUUCUAAGUUUGAGGAAUUUAUGACAAGGCACCAGGUACAUGAAAAAGAGGAGUUCAAGGCUUUGAAAACAUUAAAUAUCUUCUAUCAAGCAGGCACUUCCAAGGCUGGAAAUCCCGUUUUUUAUUAUGUCACACGAAGGUUCAAGACUGGUCAGAUCAAUGGGGAUUUGCUGAUAUACCAUGUCUUACUAACUUUAAAGCCAUAUUAUGCGAAGCCAUACGAGAUUGUGAUGGACCUCACCCAUGCCGGGCCUAGCAAUCGCUUUAAGACAGACUUCCUCUCCAAGUGGUUUGUUGUUUUCCCGGGCUUUGCUUACGAGAACGUCUCUUCGGUCUACAUCUACAACUGUAAUUCUUGGGUGAGGGAGUACACCAAGUACCACGAGAGGCUGCUCACCGGACUCAAAGGCAGCAAAAGACUCUUUUUCAUAGAUUCUCCCGCAAAACUGGCCGAGCACAUAGAUUACGAUCAGCAAAAGCUGCCGGCCGCCACCUUGGCUCUGGAUGAGGACCUCAAGGUAUACAACAGUGCUCUCAAGCUGGCUCACAAGGACACCAAGGUGACCCUCAAAGUUGGCUCUACUGCAAUUCAAGUGACAUCGUCUGAGCGAACUAAAGUCCUGGGGCAGACGGUUUUUCUGAACGAUAUUUACUAUGCCUCUGAGAUUGAAGAAAUCUGUCUUGUGGAUGAAAACCAGUUCACCCUGACCAUUUCCAAUCAGGGCACUCCCCUCACCUUCAUGCAUCAAGAGUGUGAAGGCAUUGUCGCGUCCAUCAUUCACAUCCGAACUAGAUGGGAGCUGUCACAGCCAGACUCCAUCCCCCAGCACACUAAGAUCCGGCCAAAGGAUGUUCCUGGAACACUUUUGAAUAUUGCAUUACUUAACCUGGGGAGCUCGGACCCUAGUUUACGGUCAGCUGCCUAUAAUCUUCUCUGUGCCUUAACCUGUACCUUUAAUUUAAAAAUUGAGGGCCAAUUACUAGAAACAUCAGGUCUGUGUAUACCUGCCAACAAUACCCUUUUUAUUGUCUCUAUUAGUAAAACCCUGGCAGCUAAUGAGCCACACCUCACCUUAGAAUUUUUGGAAGAAUGCAUUUCCGGAUUUAGCAAAUCCAGUAUUGAAUUGAAGCACCUGUGUCUAGAGUACAUGACUCCCUGGCUAUCAAAUCUAGUCCGUUUCUGUAAACACAAUGACGAUGCCAAACGGCAGAGAGUCACUGCUAUUCUUGAUAAACUGAUAACCAUGACCAUCAACGAGAAGCAGAUGUACCCGUCCAUCCAAGCCAAGAUAUGGGGGAGCCUCGGGCAGGUAUUCGUGUUGCAGAAAGUCGGCUUUGGGCGCUCAUCGGCACAUUUAGAUGCGAUUACAGAUCUGCUUGAUGUAGUGCUGGACAGCUUCAUCAAAACCAGUGCCACAGGUGGCUUGGGGUCCAUCAAGGCUGAAGUGAUGGCCGACACGGCCGUGGCGCUGGCUUCUGGGAAUGUGAAACUAGUGUCCAGCAAGGUGAUUGGAAGAAUGUGCAAAAUAAUUGACAAGACCUGCCUGUCUCCAACUCCUACCUUAGAACAACACCUCAUGUGGGAUGACAUCGCCAUUUUAGCACGCUACAUGCUGAUGCUGUCCUUCAAUAACUCUCUGGAUGUGGCGGCUCACCUUCCCUACCUCUUCCACGUGGUGACUUUGUUGGUGGCCACAGGUCCCUUGUCACUCCGUGCUUCUACACACGGACUGGUCAUCAAUAUCAUCCACUCUCUGUGCACUUGUUCACAACCUCAUUUUAGUGAAGAGACCAAGCAAGUUUUACGACUGAGUCUGACUGAGUUCUCACUGCCCAAGUUUUACUUGCUGUUUGGCAUCAGCAAAGUCAAAUCGGCUGCUGUGAUAGCCUUCCGGUCCAGUUACCGGGACAGGUCUUUCUCCCCCGGCUCCUAUGAGAGGGAGACCUUUGCCUUGGCAUCCCUGGAGACAGUCACAGAAGCUCUCUUGGAGAUCAUGGAGGCUUGUAUGAGAGAUAUUCCCGCAUGCAAGUGGCUGGACCAGUGGACAGAGCUAGCCCAGAGGUUCGCAUUCCAGUAUAAUCCAUCCCUGCAGCCAAGAGCCUUGGUUGUGUUUGGUUGUAUCAGCAAAAGAGUGUCCCACGGGCAGAUCAAGCAGAUUAUCCGCAUUCUUAGCAAGGGCCUUGAGAGCUGCCUAAAAGGACCUGAUAAUUAUAACAGUCAAGUUCUGAUUGAAGCUACCGUCAUAGCACUAACCAAAUUACAACCACUUCUUAAUAAGCAGGAGUCCCCUCUGCACCGAGCUCUCUUCUGGGUCGCUGUCGCCGUGCUGCAGCUGGACGAAGUGGACCUGUAUUCCGCAGGCACCGCCCUCCUGGAGCAGAACCUGCACACCUUAGACAGUCUCCUGCACGUCUUCAAUGACCAGAGCCCAGAAGAAGUGUUCAUGGAGAUCCGGCAGCCUCUGGAGUGGCACUGCAAGCAGAUGGACCAUUUUGUGGGGCUCAACUUUAACUCCAGCUUUAACUUUGCCCUCGUCGGGCACCUCCUGAAGGGAUUUCGGCACCCUUCACCUGUCACUGUUGCAAGAACCGUGAGGAUUUUACACACACUGCUAGCACUCGUUAAUAAACACAGGAAUUGUGACAAGUUUGAGGUGAACACCCAGAGUGUGGCUUACCUAGCAGCUUUACUUACCGUGUCUGAGGAGGUUCGAAGUCGCUGCAGCUUAAAACAUCGGAAGUCACUCCUGCUAACUGAUAUCACAGUGGAAAACGUGCCUAUGGAUAUAUAUCCCAUCUAUCACAGUGACCCCAGCCUUAGGACACUAAAGGAAACACAACCCUGGUCCUCUCCAAAGGGUUCUGAGAGACAUCUUGCAGCCAGCUACCCUCCUGUGGGCCAAACUAGCCCCCGAACCAGAAAAUCCAUGAGCCUGGAUAUGGGGCAGCCUUCCCAGGCCAACACGAAGAAGUUGCUUGGGACAAGGAAAAGUUUCGAUCAUUUGAUAUCUGAUGCCAAAGCUCCUAAGAGGCAAGAAAUGGAGUCUGGAGUCACCACGCCCCCCAAAAUGCGGAGAGUAGCAGAGAACGACUAUGAGAUGGAAACCCAGAGGAUCUCGCCGCAGCCACACCUGCCACUCCGGAAAGUGUCUGUGUCUGAAUCCAAUGUUCUCCUGGAUGAGGAGGUGCUCACAGAUCCCAAGACCCAGGCUCUCCUUCUCACUGUCCUGGCUACUCUGGUUAAGUAUACUGCGGAUGAAUUUGACCAGCGCAUUCUCUAUGAAUAUUUAGCAGAAGCCAGUGUUGUCUUCCCAAAGGUUUUUCCAGUUGUACAUAAUUUGUUGGACUCAAAGAUAAAUACCCUGCUGUCAUUAUGCCAAGACCCCAAUUUAUUAAAUCCAGUCCACGGGAUUGUGCAGAGCGUGGUCUAUCAUGAAGAGGCCCCACCACAGUACCAGACAGCGUACCUCCAAAGUUUUGGUUUUAAUGGUCUGUGGAGGUUUGCAGGACCAUUUUCAAAGCAGACGCAGAUCCCAGACUACGCCGAGCUCAUCGUCAAGUUUCUCGAUGCCUUGAUUGACACGUAUCUGCCUGGAAUUGAUGAGGAAGGCAGUGAGGAGUCUCUGCUGACACCCACCUCUCCCUACCCUCCCACAGUGCAGAGCCAACUUAGUAUUACUGCUAAUCUCAACCUUUCCAACUCCAUGACCUCACUGGCAACUUCCCAGCAUUCCCCGGGCAUCGACAAGGAGAACGUGGAGCUCUCCCCCACCACAGGGCACUCCAGCAGCGGGAGGACCCGCCACGGCUCCGCCAGCCAAGUUCAGAAGCAGAGGAGCGCGGGCAGCUUCAAGCGUCACAGCAUCAAGAAGAUUGUGUGAAGCCUCGUCCCUGCCUUUUCAGAAAACAAAAGCGACCGACGCCGCUGCCACGGCCCCCACGCCGACUUGCCGUCAGCCGCCCCUGCCCCUCCCCCUCCCCACGGACUCACCGUCAGCCUCUUUUCCCCUGCCCGGACUGCCCCUCCCCCCCCCCCCCCCACGCUCCCUGCCCCUUUUGCGAUGCUGCACUUGUCUCAUCUCUCCGCCCAUCAUCCGCGUGGCCAGAUGAUCAAUUUCUGAAACAGUCACCGAGCUCAAUGCUGCCUUUUCUUUUCCUUUUGUUUCCCCCCGCCUCGGGGCGGGUCUUGGUGGGUUUGAGUCAGUGUUUCAGAAUAACUCGAGAAGACCGUCUGGGAAGUGGGGAACGGGAACCUUCCUGCGGGGAGACGAGCGUCUCUGUCCCGCUGUUAGAACCGCUUCGUCCCGCGGUCUUGCCUUGCUUUCCUUUCUCGUUUGUCUCACGGAGUAAAGGGUUAGGGACGCUCGGGGAGAAGCGACAUCUGCAGCCCCUUCAACCUCACUUUGAGCUGUGGACUCUUUGUGACAACGCAAAGCUGGAGGAGUCCUGGGCUGAGGCUUCAGUGACUGCCCCCUGGAAGCCAGAAUUGUAAAAGGUACUUUGGGGAGAUGUCACGUUUCAUAGAACGUUGGUGAGACACGAACACACGGAGCUUUAGCAAUAAUUACAGGGGUGAAGCGUGGGGGGGAUCUCUUCUCUACCAAAAUCAGAGCUGUGACCAUCGAGACCCGUGUGCCAGCCCGGGUGUCCAGACCAGUUCCCUUUUCCCUCAGAUGUUUCUUUCCUAAAUCGUGGAUAUGCUCGAAGCCCUGCUUGUGAGCACUGACGAUGGAUCACCUAGUGGGGAUCAUGCUUUUCCUUUCUUCCCUUUGCUCUCAGAACAACUUUAGGCAGGGUCAUUGGGGAUGGAGGAAGCCAGCGUGGCCAGAGGGGUCAUUUUUUGGUAGGUCUCCGGUUUGGCCAAGGGUGACCGAAGCCUAGACAUACCGAGUUCCCUUAGUCAAAUGAAACGGUACUUAAUUUUGGAAGUAGCCAGCUCUCUUUCAUCUUACUUUGUCGAAUACAAAUUCCUGGUAGCUGCAUAUUAUUAGAUAUUUUUCACAGUAAGAUGUGUUGCCGAAUUUGUUGGGCCUUUAAAAAAAAAAAAAGAAUCGUACUAGUCAAACACUUGGGUUUUAUAAGAUAAAAUUGUAUUUAAUCACUGUGAAAAGACUAACAACCCUGCAACAAAGUAACCGGGGAGGGAACCGCGAGAUGCUGCGGUGCCAUGCUAAAGGGUUUGUCUGGAUCGUGAUAUGAUCUGUGAUAUGAUCCAGGUGAUGACUGCCUGGAGGGGCCUGCGAGACAGGUGGAAUCCUUAGAGCUCAGUGGGCGGGGAUCUGGAUGCUAUGCACACUUAGGGUAAACUGUGUACUGCAAGAGAGAGAUUCAGCUUCCAGCCCCUGCUUUCCAUUCAAUUAGAGGUAAAUAAAUUAUCAGUGACUUAGAAGAAGACAAGUGGCAGGGGAAGGGAGAGGACUUGGGAGUUUCCUGUAAUACUGUUUCAUUAGUGGAUUUCAGUAAAUUAAAUUCCACAGCUAAAUUAAUGAAGAAUGGUACAAUUAAGUGUUCCGAUUUUAAUAAUAUACACAUAAUCCACAUUUAUUCACACAGUAACAAUGUAAUAUGUUAAUGUAAAUAAAUUGCCUUUUGUUAUAUUCAGAAAUAACUUAAUUUUUUAAAUUUGUUUACAGUCCUGGAAAAAAAACGACAAACACAAACUUAAUAUGCAAAUGGUUUGCCAAAAUUAAAAAAAAACAAAACCUUAGUAUUAAUAAUUUUCUUGACAUAGGUUUCUUGGGAAAAGUUGAAGACUUGUGCAAUUAACCAAACUUAAAAAAAAAAAUCUUGAUUCUCUAAAUGCUGCAGUAGAAUUGUAAUGGUUCCAGUGCUCCAGAACCCGUGAGGAUGCUACAAGAACAGAACCAACUUUAGGAACAGAGCAGUGAUCUGUGCCAAGGACCAACGUUGCCAUCAGUUUGUAGUCUCGGGUCUCGCAAACAACAUCCUCAGAUCCAGUGAAUCUGGUCAUGUACUUGUCUCAUUUCUUGGCUUUUGGAAUAUCAGUCAUUGUGAACCUUCAGUCAUUCUGAUUCCAUCUUUUUUUUUUUUUUAAUUUUUUGUUUGUUUGUUCGAUGAACACAGCGAUGGGAAUUUGAAAAGCCGAACAAUUCCUUAAGGUCGUUUUUACUACUGAAAAUGAUGACUUUCAACCCAUUCAACUUUUCUGUGAGCAGAUUUUCCAAGGCCUGAAGAAACCAAGCCCUUUGCCUCCCCAUGGGAUUCAUUUGGAUUGAUUACCUCACGUAAGGAUCAGCAUGGCACCAAUCAGAAUUGUUUGCCCCGCUUUGAAACAUAGGAAGUCCACCUUCCUGACCUACUAGGAUAUCAUCCCAGGAAAUUUAAACCAUGGAGGUUGGAAAUGGCCAUUCUUGGCAAACCUUCACUUUUCUUGAAAACUUUGAGUUUUUGAAAGGAGCAAACGUGAACGGUCUGUAAUUUUGUCUUAUACCAUUCACCUUCCCUCCAUAAUUUGGGCUACGUUUUUGUACCAGACACUAGGAUCUGAACAUCUCAUUGUCAGAGCAUGUUACCCAUCAUGUAUCAUUUGUGGGGUUUUUUCCUGCCCUUUUUUAAGAGGGGAAAAAAAGAUAGUAAAUCAGUCAUUUCAGUCAUACAUAAUCUGUCUCUUAAACCAAUGGCUCAGUUCUCAUGUGCAUGCCCCUAUUUUCCAUAAAUGAGAAAUAUUUCACUUGGUUUAGGGACUGAGCUUUUGUGAAUUCCCACCAGGGCUCUAUUCCUAACUGAUUUGUAGGUUUUAGGGCUUUUCUGUUUUUAUUCUAGAGGUUGUUUUUUUUUUUUUUUUAAAUCUUCCACCCCAUCCCGAUGUAAUGAAGCAUGUCUUAUUCAAUGUUAUGCAACAAACUUACCACCAAAAAGUCACUCUUAGUGUCAGCCACAUUUUUUUUAAUGCAGUAUAUUCACUUGUAAAUAGUUUUUGUGUAAAAUUUGACAGAAAAGUAUAUUUACUACACUGUAAAUACAUGUGACAAUAUAUUGUAUUAUUUUGCUUCUUUUGUAAAGCAGUUAGUUGCUGUACAUGAAUAACACACAAAUUUGAUUAUUCUUGUGUUAGUAUUGUUAACUCCUUGCAAUUUGCAAUUACGUUACAUCAUUUAAAAGAAAAUGCUGUGUACUAUAAAAUGACCUUGUUGUAUGAUAACUUACUCUUCUUUCCAUUGGGGCCUAAAUUCUGACAAUGUUUCCUUAUCUGCAAUCCUGUAAUAACUGCAAGUGAGUCUACAGCAGCAGGAAAAGGGCUGCUGAAACAAAAUCGACAAUUCUAGGUCAAAUUGUAGAAAUCACAGUUUCAGAUAAUUGUCGUUCUCUACCCCGUUUUCCUCCUCAUGUAUGUACUCCCCCCUUUUUUGAAGUAAAAUGUAAAUUCAAACUGCC